AUGGAAACUGAUGUACGACGGUGGAAGAUGGCGCGCAGCGGUGGCGGGGCGGGCGCGGCGGCGGUGCGCGUGCGGCUCUCACCGCCUUAUCUCUCGCGACCUCCGCCGGACGCGCACGCACGCCGCUCCGUCUCGAACGCGCCCGCGCCCGCGCUAUGUCGCCCCACCGACGGCUCGCUUGUUUCACGCUCUUGCUUCACGACCAUGGUGUCGGAAGGGGCCCUGCCCGUAGUAUGGUGUAUGCGCGACAACCAGCUAGUGCCUCACCAAGUAUCCGGUGUUAAGUUACAGGGGGCCGUUACAGGCGCUCAUAUUGCCGCCGUUACAGACUUUUUGCGCAUGGUGGCCGGGACUCCUAUAAUUUUACCGCACACGACUGUCCCUGAGAACAUUGACAAUGACAUCAAUAGAGAAAAGGAAAAUACAACGAGACGAAGAAAGAUGUCGAUGCAGGUUGAAGUGCCUUGCGUUUUCCUUUCGGAAAGUGCACUGCAAAAGGCAAAGAGCCGUAGCAAUUCACUAGAAGAAAAGACCUCGGAGACAGAAAAAGAAACUCUCCAGAGGAUAGCGAGGAUUAUUGAAUAUGACAAUAACAAUACGCCUUCACCAAUUUCUACCGAUGGUGAUUCGGACAUGCCACAAAGAAUUACUAGGAUUAUAGAAUUAAAUGAAGAUAGUUCGUUUUCAACUAUUACAAAUAAUGGUGAUCUUGAAAAGGAGGGACCCCUAAGAUUACCUAGGAUAAUUGAAGUCGGGAAGGACAAUGCGUUUCCAAGUAUGGCUAAAAUAAUUGAAAUGGAAAACGAAAAGUCCAACGAAAGAAGAAUUUCUUUGACAAACGAACGGGAAAUGGGUAGUGGAAUAGCUGAAAAUUAUAAUGAUGAAAUUAUAAUUAGGUCCAGACCAUCACAAAGAAGUACGCCUAGGUUUAGUGUUGACUCUUCAUGCUCCGAAAACUCUUACGUUAAUAUUGAAACCAUGAAGAGUUUACAGGAUGUAAGAAAAGAGGAAAGCACAGAAUUUGGCAAUCCCGAGUCGUUGUCUUCGUGUAAGCCUAUUGUAAGAUCCCGGUUUCGAAGAAAAAAGACGUCUGUUUGCUCAAUCGGUUCGUCGGACUGCGAUGACGAAAUCGACGUAAUUUUUAAAUCUAAACCGAAGUCUAGUCAAUGGGUGAGUCUGGAUUGGAUACCACCAGUCCCAAAAGAGGAACCAGUUAGCCCACAAGUCUGUGAUAAAAAUGAUUUCAUAUCAAAAUGGAUUGCGGACCAAAAUUCGCAAGAUCCCGGCAUAAUGCCCGACGAGCGUAGAAGAAGUUUACCACCAAAAUCAAAUGAAAUUUACCUUCAGAACAUGAGGAGGUUCAGUGAUGGACUACAGAUAUGUAAGGAAGACGCGGCAAGUGACUCUCCGGCUACUGUUAAAUGGAAAUGGCAUGACAUUGUAAAACGCCAUCUCCAAUUACUUAAAAACGACAAAGGAUUUCGUCGACAACGAGGCAGUUGGAUGAGAACAGCUCGUCGCCUGUCCGGCACAAACAUAAACGCGAAAAGUUUAGAACCACUACCCCAUGACACUUACUUUAAACUCAACACUAUGCCAUGGUACUUCCGCAAGAUAAAGCGCAUCGAAGCCGAGAAAAAACUGCUACUGCCGGAGAACGAGCACGGCGCUUUCCUUAUCCGCGAUUCGGAGAGCCGCCACAACGACUUCUCGCUAUCAGUGCGAGACGGCGACACGGUCAAGCACUAUCGCAUCAGGCAGCUGGACGAGGGGGGUUUCUUCAUCGCGCGCCGCACCACCUUCCGGACUCUCCAGGAGCUGGUAGAGCACUACAGCAAAGACGCGGACGGGCUCUGCGUCGCCCUCAACAAGCCAUGCGUACAGGUUGAGAAGCCCGUCACUGAAGGUCUGUCGCAUAGAACACGCGACCAGUGGGAAAUAGACCGGUCGUCGCUCAAGUUCGCCAGGAAACUUGGGCACGGCCAAUUCGGCGAGGUGUGGGAGGGACUAUGGAACAACACGACACCGGUCGCAAUCAAGACCCUCAAGCCGGGCACUAUGGACCCGAAGGACUUCCUCGCCGAGGCACAGAUAAUGAAGAAAUUGCGGCACAACAAACUGAUACAACUGUACGCCGUGUGCACACUUGAGGAGCCGAUUUACAUCAUUACCGAACUGAUGAAGAACGGUUCCUUGUUGGAGUACUUGCAGGGUAAAGGACGCGGCCUGAAACUGCAGCAACUAAUUGACAUGGCUGCUCAAAUCGCGGCUGGGAUGGCGUAUCUCGAGUCGCAGAAUUACAUCCACCGUGACCUGGCUGCCAGGAAUGUCCUGGUCGCGGACGCGAACAUCGUCAAAAUAGCGGACUUUGGUCUGGCGAGGCUCAUUAAGGAGGACGAGUACGAAGCGCGCGUCGGUGCCCGCUUCCCAAUAAAGUGGACGGCUCCCGAGGCGGCCAACUACAGCAAGUUCAGCAUCAAGUCCGACGUCUGGUCUUUCGGCAUAUUGCUCACCGAGCUCGUCACCUACGGCCGGAUACCUUACCCAGGCAUGACGAACGCCGAGGUGCUGCACCAAGUGGAGCACGGCUACCGGAUGCCGUGCCCGCAGAACUGCCCGGCGGCGCUCUACGAGAUCAUGCUCGAGUGCUGGCACAAGGACCCGCUGAAGAGGCCCACCUUCGAGACCCUGCAGUGGAAGCUGGAGGACUUCUUCACCAUGGACAACUCCGAGUACAAGGAGGCGUCCGCCUAC